CAAUACCCGAACAAGCGAACGUCUUCAAGCUUGAUACCUCAUUGAACCAGCUGCUACUCAUUGCAAUUUACACAGAUUCGAACGCCUUUGCCAGCACGACAUAUCAUGUCACUCGUUCCACCAAGACCUGCAAGCCUUACAACCUCGCAGCUCAGACGACUCGAACCAACGCGACCUUCGGCGUUGCCUGCAUUCCUCAGACGGCUCAGCUGGAUCGUCGCCCUCGUUCUCGGUGGAGGAAGUCUCGUCGCUGCAGUCUGUUCGAGGCUACUAUUACCCCUACUAUGGUCGACGUUCUCGGCAAGACAGGCGAUCACCGAACAACAGCUCGUCGGGUUCAAGCAGAUCGUAGCAGGACUUCGGAGCAUACGUGGACGCAGAUUCUACCGAACAACACCUCAGGUCGCAGUGUCGCACAAAAAGGAGAGCCCGGAAGGCAAUAGCGAGUCCGGGUCCGAUCGAGAUACGGUCAAAGCUUCGAGACUUGGGGAUUCGCUGCUCAUCGAAGAGAUGUCCGAGGCCGGCCGUGUGGAUCUACAAGCCAAACAGGCCGAGGAGAAGGAACCUCUGCUUAAAGCUAAAGCACAGGAACGCAACACCUUCUUGCACUUUCGUCCGGGAUUGGAAGAGCUACCUCAUCUCCUCGAUAAUCUUGGCACCAACCUCUCGGCCACCAGCACGACAAGGACAUCCCUCCUCUCCACGCUGGCUUCGUACAACAGCCAGCUACACACCCAGGACUUUGUAUCGAACACCCGGGGCGGCCGCUUGAGAGGAGGCGUCGGCUUGAACACACUAGACGAGAACCUGGCGAAGGAAGCUGGGAGGUCCGGAUCGAGCGGACUGGCAGGAGGGGAAACGGAGGAGUUUGUGAUCGGGCGAGCCGCACCAGAGUUUGAAGAGCUGAGAAAGGAGGUGCGAGGUCUCAAAGGGCUGUUGCUGAGCCGGCGGAACUUUGCUUCAGUAUCAAGGAGUUGAUGGAAUGAGAGAUCCUAAUGAAAGUUUCGGGGGGAACGGCUCGAGUUGUACUGAGUGCACAUAUUGACACGACGAUAACAUG